CGCUGCAAGGUCAAGCCCCAAGACAGACAACGCUCAGCCAAAGCAUGUCUUCCGUGCAAGGCGUCCAAGAUCAGAUGCGAUGCCGCAAGCCCGUGUGGACCAUGUCUGAAGCGUGAGCGCACCAGCGCCUGCGUCUACCUGGACUCUUCACGUAAGCGGCAGAAGACCUCCUCCGUUCCAACUCCGAGCCUGGAAGACACUUCACCGCAGUAUGACCCUAGAUUACUGGAGCUGAAUCACGCCCACGACACCGGGCCCAAUCUGUCCUCUGCGGACGCUGCCGAUCAUGGCUCCAUGCAAGGCGCUCCUCCAGCAGAUCGACCACAGGCUGGGCGGGGCACUGCAACUGGAAGCACGACGCGUUCUGCCACUCCGGAGCCGGGCAAGACCUCGCGUCAGACCCAGAGUCGGCUUCUGCUGAGCUCCAAGGGCGAGAAGCUCUACGUGGGAGAGAAUGCCUCCCUCAGCUUCUUACAGUUUGUCCGCAGGAUACUCAAGAAGUAUAUGGGACCUUCAGCCUUCACCGAAACCCGAUUCAAGGAGAACAUGCUGGAGAUUGAGAUGCAACGAGAUGAGAGUCCAGCGAUGGUCGACAUGUCGAGAGGAGACACGAAUGCUUUGGUGCAGCUCUAUCGAGAAGCAUCGAGCGGCAUCCUGGACUUAUUCACAGUGGCCGAAGCACAUGCAUUUCUACAUCGACACAAUGCUCUAAGCCCCAGCAACAUGAUUGACGACAACGACAAGCGGACCAAAGCCGAACACGCGUCUUUGAGCAUGAUGCUUGCCAUCGGUCACCAAUGUAGAGGGCCAAACCCGUUCGAUGCACAAAAUGCCACCAGACAUUUCACCUGCGCCCAGAAGUGGGCGUUCGAAGACUUUCUCUGCGAUCCGACCCUAGACCUGGUCCGUGUCUUCCUUCUCAUGGCAUACUACAUGCUGGGUGCAUGUCAUCGUAAUGCCGCCUUUAUGUACCUCGGUAUUGCGACCAAAGCUGCUUGUGCACUGGGGCUGCAUCGCAAGGACCAGCAUAGGGGCCUGACCACACAAGAAUGUCUGGUGCGAUGGCGGACGUGGAAGAGCCUUCUGAUCCUGGACACCAUUGUCUCCUCCAUAUUAGGCAGACCUGGUGGGCUACCAUCUCGACGGCCGGAUGAUUCGACGUACGAAGGCGACGAAGAUAUAGGAGACCUGGAUAGGCCACGAUGGCUCGCUUCACGAGCAGUCUUCGGUGUUUGCUCCCACAUCAUCGAGCUCGAGCAGCAACUCGGCAAUGGAGUGAUUUCAGAUGCCGCGACAGCAGAAUCAUUCCUGCAACGGCUACGUACCUGGAAUGACUCUGUGCCUUCCGAGCUACGACAUUUUGCUGCUGUCAAGGACGUCACCCUUGGUCCAGCCGAGAGGGAACAGUUUAUCGGCUCUGUGCACGUGGCAUGCUCUUACUACUUCACCAUCAUACUCGUCACCAGACCUUUCUUGAUCUCACACCUGCUCUCCCAGAUCCGAAGACGCAGACCACCAAGCUUGGACAAACCCAAUCAAACCUCCGCUGUCUCGGACCUUGCUCAGGCCUGCCUUGAUAGCGCAGUAUACAUGGCCAAAACAGGCUACAUGGGCAUCAGCUCUGCCAUACUGUCGAACAACAUGUGUCUUCUCAAAGCAUGGAUGUUCGCAGCAGGCCUUCUCUUGGGCUUUGCGAUGUUCGCGCAGACAGAACCAGUCCCAGAGGUUGAUACUGCUUUUGCAAACUCCAUUGCCGUUCUGGAACGUCUUGCUCAAGUAUCGCCGCAAGCUCGCCACUACUACGACAUCCUAUCCACCUUUUCCGACGCCAUCCAUAGUCGCCGCGAACAACUCGGCCGAGAGAAGCGCCAGAAAUCGAGCCAAUACGUCUCUCAGAUCUUCACAGCCGACUUCCAAGAUCCAGAUUCGACACUCCAGGCACCUUACACAACUCCAAGCUCUGGCGACGGACCGGCUAACAUAGAUGCCAAUUCCGGUGGCGCCACGGAUCUCGAUGGUAUGGUCGGCUUCGACUUUGAUGCUAGCAGUUUGGGCACGGUUCAUGAUGGCCUUGGGAACUUCCCUUCACAUUCAGAGGAUCUCGGCAAUGAUUUUCUGUUGUCGGAUAAUCUGUAA